GUGGCCACGCACCCAUUGAAGCCUGUUGACGCUGAAUUGCGUGAUUUCCUAUAUAUUCCUUCCAUCCUUCUUUUCUAGAUCUCUCAGAAAUCAUUACCUUACCUAGUCGCCCCCUUACUCCGAGCACAGCCAACUAGUCAGUUUAACUCAACCAAUAUACCACUUUAUACAACCUUAAAAAAAUACCAAGGAGCAACAUAAAUAAGCAGAAAGACAAAGCGCAAAUAUGACGACAGUACCAGACACAAUGCGCUCCCUCGUAACCCGAAAGUACGCCUAUCCGACUGGAUGGGAAGUCGCCGAUAUGCCGGUGCCAACGAUCAAGGACCCCAAGGAGAUGUUGAUAAAGGUGCACGCCGCCGGCAUAUCGACAGGCGACACACAACUCGCAAAGGGGUUCGCGAAAUACAUUCUCGGGGAUGUCGAAAUGCCUCACAAGAUCGGCAUCGAAGCCGCCGGCGUCGUCGUCAAGGUCGGAUCGGGCGUGACUUGCUUCAAGCCCGGCGACGCCGUGUACGCGUUCGCGGUGAGCCGGCCGAUGAACAUGCUGGCUCCGCACGGGUACUGCUCGGAGUACUGCGUGGCGCGCGAGCCGCUCGUGCUGCACAAGCCCGGCGGCGCCGUGGACUUCGUCGACCUGUGCAAUCUCACGGGCGUCGUCACCGCGCUGCAGGCCAUCGAAAUGGGUCUGCGUCUCAUGCGCGACAACGGCGUCACAUCCGGGCUCGAGGGGAAGACGGUGUUCGUGCCGGGCGCCCUGAGCGCGACGGGCUCCGUCGCCAUCCAGCUGCUGAAGAACGUGUACGGGGUUGGUAGGUUGAUCGCGACGGUGAGCACGCCCAAGGUCCCGCUCGUGGAGAAGUAUCUCCCGGGACUGGUGGACCAGGUCGUGGAUUACACGAAGUGCAAGCGCUUGACGGACGAGAUACCCGCCGGCAGCGUGGAUUUGGUGUAUAACACGCAGUGGGGCGUCGAGGGCACGUUUCCGCUGGUGAAGAGGGAUACGGGGGUCGUGGCGUCGAUCGCGAGCUUGCCGACGCCGGAGCUGUUGAGGGGUGGGAAAGACGGUCCGGGUAUGUUGCCCCCGUUGCCGUUUUGGGCGUAUUGGUUUGCGGCGAUUGCGCAGUUGUGGUAUGCGUGGAAGCUCUGGGGGACGAACAUCAAGCACGAGUUGCACUCGGGGAAUAUCGAGGUGCGGGAGGAUCUCGAGCGCGCGGGGGAGAUUAUGGCGUUGGGGAAGGUUAGGCCUAUAAAGAGGGUCGUGGACUUGGAGGAUAUUGAGACGGUGAGGAGGGAGGCGCAGAAGGUCGCUACUGGGAAAGGAGGUAUUGGGAAGUUGGUUAUUAGGAUUGUGAAAGAGGAUGAAUAGGGGGUGGGUUGUAUGCUAGGUGUGCAAUUUGUAAUUAGGAGGAGCAUGAAGGCGACAAUGUCACGGUGAAGUCCA